AUGCAUAUCUCAGCCAUCCCAGCCGCGCUCGCACUGGCGGCCUUGUCCGCCAGCACCGCCUCCGCGACCAUGAUCAAGAUGUACAUUGUGCAGCAAGUCGUGCCGAUCGUGACGACGACUCUCAUCACCGACGAUGGCGACGCCCACAACUACGGGUACUUUCUGGACGGCUGCAAGAAGAACUACGACUUUGUCCAGGAGAUCUGCAUCGACAGUGCCAGGAGCCGUGCCCACAUUUUCUGGACCAACCAGCCGGGCAGAAAGUACUGUUUCGUGCAGACCAAGAAUCGCAGCCAGAUUUGUGCUUCCGGCCCUGGUACCAACACGGUCAGAUGCAUCGACAUUGAGUACACCGCGGCCCCGUGUACUUGGUAG